AUGCUGUAUAAGAAGAAGGACAAAGCGAAAAAGCAGCCUGACGCGGGCCCGGCAUCACCUUCAGGUCCCCCACCAUCUUCUGAAGACCCUUAUGAUCUCUCAAAGUUGCAGGAUGGCAUCUCGACUGCUCUUUCGCAGUUGAAAGACGACCUGGCCAAGAAUCGAGUAGGCGGACGGUUUAACACUGAAUCGAUUGAAUCCCUUCGUGUCAAACCUCACAAAGGCUCCAAGGAUUCCGUGAAGCUUGGAGAAUUGGCACAGGUUGUUCCGAAAGGCGGACGCAUGGUGACUGUGCUCGCUUCAGAAGAAGAUCAUGUUAAAGCGAUCGCUUCGACAAUUGUCUCCUCCAACCUGUCCCUGACUCCGCAGCCGGAUGCGCACAAUGCUCUUCAACUAAACAUUCCGAUCCCACCACCUACAAAGGAAUCGCGCGAUCAUGCAAUUGGUCUGGCGAAAGCGGCAAUGGAAAAGGCAAAUAGCUCGAUUCGCGACUCUAGAGGUGCUCUCCAUAAACGCCUCCAGGAUAUGCAGAAGAAGAAGCUUGCGAGGCCCGACGAUGUUCGGAAAGCACACGAGCAUAUGGAGAAGUUAAUAGAGAAGAGCCACAAAGACGUCAAAGAUCUAUUUGAAACUGCGAGGAAGGCGCUCGAGCGGGUAUAA